UGUCAAAAGUUAGCAUAAAAAAAAGUUUCUAGUCAACUUAUAAUUUUCGUUUAGUCAUUUUAGUUUCACCUGAUAAAUUCCAAAGUUAAAUACAUUUCUUCUGGAAGAUUUGCGAUCGUUUUGGAACUAUUUCGUCAUCUAUAAAACAUUGGUCAUUCGACAGUGUUUCGUUAUUGUCGUAUCGUUUGUGAUCAUAGAAAGAAGACAAAAAGUUUUAAUUUGUUCUGUUCGCGAGAAAACAUGGAAUUUCCACAUCUAGGAAAACAUUGUUCGCAGAAGUCGUGCAAUAAGUACGAUUUUCUUCCUAUGAGCUGCGAUGCCUGCCAUAUGAUAUUUUGUUCCGAACAUUUUAGUUACCAAAAGCAUGCAUGCACCUCAGCUCACAAAAAGGACUUUCAGGUACCAGCGUGUCCACUCUGUGGUGAACCUGUGCCGACACCGAGAGGAGUCAGUCCCGAUAUGACCGUUGGCCAGCACAUCGAUCAGUACUGCAAGUCGGAUAAACGGAAAAUAUUUACCAACAAAUGUUCGUUCAAAGGAUGCAAGAAAAAAGAGCUGAUUCCCGUGAAGUGUUCACAGUGUACCAUGAAUUUCUGCUUAAGGCAUCGGCAUUCCAGUGAUCAUGAUUGCAAAAAUCUGGCAGCAGCCCGUGCGAAUCGAUCCAAUUCGCCGAAUCUUGCUGCCAAAGUGCAAGGAACGAUGACCGAAGACGAAGCGCUGGCGCAUGCAUUGGCCCGAUCGAUACAAGAAUUAGACGAAUCACAUGAUCGUACGCAUCGUCGCAAUCUACAGCCGCCCAAUGGGGCGACAGUGGUGAACGGUGGUGGUGAUGCAUCCAGUUCUAGUUCUAAGGAUAAGUGUUCGCUUUCUUAGCUUCAGUUCGUAGUGUUUUCUAAGUUCACCGCGCACAAAAUUUGAAUUUUUUUGUCGAUUUUCGGUUUAAUCGUGGUGCAUUGAUCGAUCAUAAAUUGCCGCUUGCAUUCCGGUUUUCGAAUUGAUUUGUUCUCUCCUUGCCGGCUGAGAGAUAAACAUAAAGCUUAGACGGUACUCACCCUGAACGAUGUCGUUGUAACUUUUAACGGACAGAACUCAAGAGGUGGUGUGCUUGACGGUCAUUGUGAUAAUGUUGCAGUUGUUUCAAAUAUGAAUUUUCGUGUGCGCCUUUCGGACAUUUUUUUUCUAUCCGUGAGCGGUUACAAUCACAGGCCUGCCACUUAAAUCAAAGGAAUUGCAAAGGUUUUGGAAUAAUUUUUAGUAAUUUUGCGUGUGAAUUUUGAAAGAGAGAACUAGAAUUAGGGAUCGUUUUCAGAAAUGACAUUUCACCUGUGAAAAUUGUGUUCAAGUCACGGUAUACACGAUAUUGUCCGAAUAUUUGACCGCAUGACGACAUAGCAGAAUAAAUGUUAAUGAAUAAAGUGCGUCAAGAUGUCGAGAACCGAUUAGUGUAAAUUUCAUUGACAAGAAAAUUCUCUGAAGUUUUCAAUUUCUGAGGAUUUUCUAUGAUUUUAGGAGGAUUUUU